UUGCGUUGCUAUCCACUCCAUCUCUGAACCCAAAAUGUCACCGCCAUUCGCCGCCGCAGUUUUCAAUCCCACCGCCACCAUGUGCUUCUCUCCUCACAAACCAUCCUGCUCCUUUUCUUCUUCUAGCUCAUCAGAGCAGCAGUUACCCAACCACCUAUCAAUAGCAUCAAAACCCAAAACUCUGCUCCAUGAAAACCCACUCUACCAACCCAUUCACAGCAACAUCUCCCUCGAAUUCAAAGAAAAGAUCUUGUGCCUAGAAGUCAUGGGCAUUGACUCUGGUAAAGCCCUCUCCCAAAACCCUUCCCUCCACACAGCUUCACUCUACUCCCUCCAUUGCAUCCUCACUUUCUUGCAGUCCAAAGGCAUCCACCAAAAGGACUUCAGAAAAAUCUUCGGGAUGUGCCCCAAGCUCCUAACUUCAGACAUCAAAUCUGACCUCGCCCCAGUAUUUGACUUCCUCUCCCAUGACCUGCAAGUCCCACAAAGCGACUUCAGGAAAGUGAUCAACAAGUGUCCAAGAUUGCUCCGUGCAAGCGUGAGUGACCGGCUAAAGCCAGCUCUUUUCUUCCUCAAGAAACUAGGGUUUAAAGAUUUUCGUGCUUUGGCUAUUCAAGACCCCAUCCUCUUGGUUUCCAGUGUGCAGAACACUCUCAUCCCUAAGCUCAACUAUUUGGUCAGUUUGGGGUUUUCAACAAGUGAUGCGGCGGGGAUGGUGCUGAGGUGCCCUGGGCUGUUGACUUUCAGCAUUGAGAACAACUAUAAGCCCAAGUUUGACUACUUUGUGAAUGAGAUGAUGGGUGAGUUGGAGGAGUUGAAGGAUUUUCCUCAGUACUUCUCCUUCAGCUUGGAGAAGAGGAUUAAGAAGCGGCACAUGGAGAUUGUGGAGAGGGGAGUUCAGAUUCCUUUGGGGCUGAUGCUCAAGGCCAGUGAUGAGAAUUUCUAUGAAUUGAUAAGGCAGCAGGAGACUGGAUAUCACCUCUUAUAAAUUAUAACCCUUCCUCAUCCCUAUAAGUCGUUUACUGUAAAGAUGCAUAUUUAUUCCUCCAUUGAGAUUGUGGAGAGGGGAGUUCAGAUUCCUUUGGGGCUGAUGCUCAAGGCCACUGAUGAGAAGUUCCAUGAAUUGAUAAGGCAGCAGGAGACUGGAUAUCACCUCUUAUAAGUUACAACCCUCCCCCAUCCCGAUAAGUCGUUUAUAUUAGCAGUUUUUCUAUAAGUCGUUUACUGUAAAGCUGCAUAGUUUUUCCUCCAUAGAGAUUGCGGAUAGUUGAAAGUUGUAUUUUAAGGCUUCAAGAUUGGUCUUUCAUCAGUGAACUGAUUCUGCUAAUAUAAUCUACUUGGAUACAAUCAUGCAGAUUCUGUUGCAUUGUUGCUGUAAUCUACAAUAAUAUGGUGUGGAACUGACUGUUUACUGAAUAUUGGUUUCACUGAUUAGUUGAUGGAAGCUCUAAUGUUGGCAACUUCCUUGAUCCACACCAGGCCUGCGUGCAAAUUUUCAUCAAACUGAUUAAAGAUUGGUGCACCAGUUAGUAUGCUCCAGUUUUUGUUGAUGUAAUUAUCAUUUUUAUUUAUAGUGCCAGCAAUCUUCAAAAAUCUUGACUGGCUCACCUGCCCAAGAAUCAUCACGUUGAGAUUAUAUUGGUACAACAUUUACUCCAUUAGACUUGCAAUUUUAAACCUAUCCUAUAGAAGGUGAAAGAAGAGAGAUA